UAUGUCUCUGGACUCUCGAUGCGUCUGCAGCAGGCUUGGUAGCAACAAGUUGGUCUGUGAACAUGCCAUCGUAUAACCAAAUGAAGAGAAACAAACCAACAAGUUAAUUCCUAGCCACUGAAGUUCAGCAGGGAUCUGUAUUCGGCUAUUGAAGCAUUCAACACGGCAUUGUCUCAAAGCCACAGCGAAUGGCACUCUGGUGGGAAUAGAGCACCAUGUGAAAUCUUCAUAAAAUGGCUACUUAUGUACUGUGGUCAGCAGUUGUCUGGACUCUCAAGGGCCUGUUGUGCACAUGGAGGUUUUUCUGGGUCAGCCCAUAUUGUGCUCUAAAAUCUGCACCAUUAACACAGCAUGCAGCUGACACUGACCAUACAUUACCAUCCAAACUGUCCCCAGCUGUCCAGGAUGUCAAGCAUCUGGCAAGGACAGAUGUAAAUGCAGACUCAGAGAAGAAGGUCAAACCAGAAAACUGUGUUCAGCCUGAACGCACAAGUGGCCUGUUCAAGAGACUGCUAAAGGCUGAGGGGGAGAUUCAAGAACUGAAGAUAGAGAUUGAAAAUCAGAGAGCAGCAUGGGAGAUGCGGUUUGUGGAGCUGCAAAAGAGACAACAUAAUCUAAGAGACCAGCUGACCUCUGAGAUUCUGGUAAGGACUGGAACACUGUACAGAGACACUGAUUCAGAAGAAGCAAAUGAAGUCUUUCUAGAGUCUGGCUUGGAGAAUGGACUUAAUCCUGAGGAGAAGGAGCAUGAAUGUUCUAGUGGUCUCAGACACCAACAAAAGGGACCCGAUGUGGAACUGCUUAGAGAUGGUGACAGUCAAACCUUUUGCCCAUCAGACUCCAGAGCCACUUCUGUCACGUCUAACAUCAGUGUAAGGUCUUGGAGGAGUGGAGGGGGACCUCAUCGAGUGUUUGUGCCCCACUCCCCCAUGGAUUUGAAGAUUGGGCACAGGGUCCGUAUCAUGUUACCCUCUGGACGGAUCAGCACCGGUACCUUACGCUACCUGGGCAACAUACAAAACUCUCCCGAAUACCAUCUUGGCGUAGAACUGGAGUUGGCUGAUAAUGGACAGCAUGAUGGCACCUAUGAAGGACAGCGCUACUUUUACUGUGACCCUGGACAUGGUGCGUUUGUAGCAUUCAGUAAAUUGUUAAUGGCUUGGGAGUAGAUGCUCUUACUGGAACACUUAAGUGAAGACUCUUCAGGCCACUCAAGGGCACUCUUGCAACAGUUCGCUGUAUGGAUCAGAGCGCAGCAAUAAUUAAGUAUUUUUGUAGGCCAACCCAUUCCCUAGACAAAAACACAACAGGCUUUUGGAUUAUUGCAGAAAUUAUGAAGUAAAAAGCUAAACAUGGUCACAUGUCACCAAUAUUACAUACCAAACAUUUUAUAUAAGAUAUUUUCCCUGAAAGUUUGAAUUUUAAUAGUAUGCAAUAGCUUGAUUAUAAACACAAUGAGGCUGUGAAACUGGGUAAUGAGUAGAUGAGUUUACCUGUUCAGUUUGAAGACAAUCAAUGACCCAGACAACCUCUGCAGUCCCAUUUAGUUACUUGUUAGCGACCGCCUUUAUCAAGACAAGCAAAAGCAUUAAAAACACUAAGGGUUUUACUGAUGCAUUUUAUGCCAUAGAAUAAAACGUGACAAUAUCUUAGGCUUGUGUUCACCACUUCAGGCAUUUAACCAAAAACCCAUUAAAAAACCCCAAAUUGACUUCAGGACGAUGGAACCGGAGGUGCUAAAAUGUUAACUUUUUCCAGGUUUGACCUACAAAAACACAUCAUGCCUGCAGGACUACUUGAGUAUAGUGUAACUCUACUAGUAGAACAAUAACUGGCAAAAAGGUGACCUUAUAUGUUACCAUAAAGGUGAAAAUGGUAAUUACUGCGCCACCAGUGACACCAAAUGUAAUAGCAAAAAUGAUGAAUGUUUUCAACCAAAAGCAAUUAAUCUCACCCCAAAAUUGUGCCAUUGGAAGGACAUGGUAGCAAUGUUUUGAAAGUGGCAUCAAUAUGAAUGUAUUAGCUACUUGGUGUCACUGCUUAUUAAUAAGCUGUAAUUUUUUACCAAGAAAUCACACGUGAUCAUGUGAUUCAUAUGAAAAUUUAUGAUUUUUAGAAAAUAAGUAGCAUGAAGGUACACCCUAACCCUAACCUCAAUGGGACAUAAGCAGAUCGUACAAAAAAUUACAAAUUAGCCACCAAUUCUGCGUGUAUGUAGAUGUAAAUAUAUAGUUACGCAUUGCCAUGAGACUGUGUUGGAAUCUGCACGUUUUCAUAUUUAUUUAUGACUGUUGGGGAAAUUCUGCAUUUAAAAUUUAUACUAAAAUAUCAGCAGAGCUGAGAUAGGCAGACUCAUAUCAGUAGGUUAAACAGAUCAAAUUACCCUAAAUAUUUCCAUACAAGGAACAGGUAUGUGUAAGAGAGUGAUGAUGGGUGAUCAAAUUCUGUGGAAUUCUGUUGACACGCAUUCCAUGCAUGUCUGCUUAUUGCCAAUAUCCGUUAAUGCAAAUGAAUGAUACACUCUAUUGAACAUAGAUAAAGAAGACAUUUAAACAGCCAUCUGAGGUAAAAACCAGUCAGGUCUGCUGCAUUCUACUAUUCAGGAUUAGGUUCAAAAUAUUCACAAGAGGCCAGGUGUGUUCUCCAGAUGCACUUAUCAACAGAUUUUCCCUGUUUAUUGAAGGAUGUGUUCUGAUGUUUCAGGAAAGAGACUGGACCAAUACAUGACACUCUUAUACCCCAUUCAUGGAAAUUAAGAUGAUUUUUUUUUUAAUCAAACAUGUUUACCCACGGACUUCUCAAAGAGAAAUGAUAAUGCUCAUGUUACCAAAUGUAACAAUGUUACACGUCUUUUUUUGUGUGCCUUUUUUGGCUAUUUUUGUCACUGAACUUCCUCUUACAAAGAAAGCAAAUCACAUUCAUAUGCAUUAAGAUAAGGAAAUAAACAAUGAUCACAUGAAUUACAGGGAGCUGUUUUGCAUUUUCAUAACACUUUUUGGUGCUUGUGAACUUCCUUCUUCCUUGUAGAUGUAAACAGAUAAAUAUAUUGUCAAAAAGGGAGGGAAGGACAGAGAGAGAAAGAGAGAGAGAUGGAAAUGUAUACAUAAUUUGACAUUGAAUGAUGACACACAAUCUCCCCAGAUUUAUAGUCAUACUCUACAUUCUUUUGUAAAUACUGGACAUAAGUCAUUAUAUGUAAUAUUGUUCAUGUCACAACAUUUUAAGUUGUUAUAUUUAUAUAAAAGAGCUUCAUAAUCUCUCACUGCAACAGGCUUUCAGCAGUAAAACCAAAAAUAACAUUAACAAAUGUUUUUACCCACAUGCAGUAUAUUCAGGUGGGUCAUCCUUUCCAUCAGGUAGACAUAGAUAAACAGUUCUUUGAAAAGCAGUAGUUAUAAUAAUACAAUUUAAUAAAGUAACAAAUUGAAAGGAAAAGUUUGUUUGGAAUGUAAAGGUGUGCCUAAGUAAUGGAUUAAAUGGAUUGUAGUUUCAGAUGCCAGUUAAAACACUGCCAUCAGUCACAAAUAUAAUCAAAACUAUUUCACAGAAACAUUUUAUUUAAUGACAACAGUAGUUUUCCCAGCUUGUUAACAUGCAGUUAACAUAACAUACUCAUGUAUGUGGUAUUACUGGUUAAUCGCCAUCUAAAAUGGUUAAAAAUAUUGUUUUUUAAAAAU